AUGUUUUCUAAUGAAGUGGUAGAUGAUUUUGAUGGAGGAGGCGGGAAGCUUGCGGGUUUCUGGCGUUUAAAUCCGUUAUCCACUCCUUCGUCCUCUAGAUCAGUUCUCGAUCAAGCUGAGGCACAAUACCAGGACUGGAUUUUGGAUGCCCCCGAUCUACCGAAGGCCUUCAGGAGCUUGACGGGAUUAGCUAUAGUUUGGCUUAAGAAGGUCCUAGAGGCAUAA